CAGACCCGGACUUUGGACCCGGACGUGCCUGUGUUUGAGGAAGGGUUAAAGAAAAAGAAGGAAAAGAGGAAAAGUCGAAAGGCGGACGGAUAUUAAUUGGUUUUCCUUAACGUCACAAUGAGCGCAUGCGCCGACGAACUUGAAGAAGUCAAAAUGUUCAUUUGCUCGUCGUCUUCUUGGGUGAAAGUCUUAACAACCUUCAUGCAUCAUUAAGCACGGACUCCAAGCCAAAAAAAAAAAAAAAAGCAGUAGCGCUAAACACAGUCGCUCAACGGAGUGUGCGCAAGCUGUUUGCAUGCACAGACUGUAUGCAAAACGUUUCCUCAAAAGGAAGUAAAGCCAGUUCCGGGUCAAACUUGUGUGGAUGAGAGUAGCUUUAUAGAGCAGGAGGAAUUUGUUGGGCAUCCAUAUCAAGUACAGUGCCCUCUGAGGAUUAAUCAGAACUCCCCUCAAACAGAGCUGACAUGGCAAAAGGACUGUGUGCAGCUCCCUAAAAAUGAGGGCAAGACCUACCUGGACUUUGACAGCCUCAGUUUGAAAGACCAGGGAAAUUAUACCUGUAUGCAACAGGGCAACAACACAGCCACAUUUACUGUGCAUCUCCUAGUUAAAGAGUCUCAGUGCUCCAAGGCUCCAAUAUUUAAACAUAAUGGGGGCUCGACGAGACUCUGGAAAAAUGUAGGAUCCACUGUGAAACUGCACUGCACUGCUCAUCUCCUAUGGGACCCAACAGAGAAUCAAUGUGACACCAUGCUGCAGUGGAGUAAAGAUGGUCUUCCCCUCACCAACCACACACUCUAUUCGCUGAACACAUCAUCGUGGUCCUCUGGUGAUGACCAGCUGACGGUAAAUAGUCUCCUAGUGAUCACCCUCAGUGAGCUAGAAGAUUUUGGGCUGUACAGCUGCUCAGUGAGAAACACUUCUGUUAGCUUCAGCCUGCAGAAUUCAGACAGCCCCAGCCACACAGCUGCUGUGAUUGCAGCCAUUGUCCUCCUCCUCUUUCUGGCUGUAGCCGCUGUCAUUUACUCCAGGUGUCACCUGAACAUCAAACUCUGGUACAGGAACUUGUAUGGAGACUAUGAACUCAAUGAUGGGAAAUUAUAUGAUGCCUAUAUCUCAUAUGUGAAUAAUGACUACGACAGGAAGUUUGUCAACUUCGUUCUCAAACCUCACUUGGAAAAUAUAAAUGGGUACAAAGUGCACCUCAAUGACAACGAUAUCCUACCUGGUGCAGAUCCUUCUGCAGAGCUCCUAAUGAACAUGAGUCGCUCUCGGCGCCUCAUUGUAUUGUUCUCUCAUGCUUACCUUGAACAGGACUGGUGCUCCAGUAACUUCAGACAGGGCCUCCUGCACUUGUUGGAGUUGUGUCAGCGGCCCAUCUUCAUCAUGCUGGAGGGUCAAUAUAAGCGCAUGAGGCCUGAGGUCAAACAGCAGCUCAGUGAGCACCAGCACUGUCUCACCAUACUUACCUGGAGACACAACUCUGUGACUCCUUCCUCAGUGUUCUGGAAAGAGCUAGCUUUAGCGAUGCCUCGCAGAGUUGUCUUCCACAAAGAGUCUGCCGGUGACCCUCAGACGUUGCUACAAGAUGACAGAGACCCCAUGCUGACCCUUCAGCCAGACUACCUGGACUGCCGUUCAGACACUGAUCCUGCUGGAGAUCUGGGCCUUCGCCUCCCCGUGUACAAAGUUUUGGCUUGCAAAGCUCCGGUGCUCCCCGCUGCACCCAGCUCAGCAGCCGAGCCAACACCCUCUGACAUCGACGUCUCUGACCUGGGAUCGCGCAACUACGGAGCGCGCUCAGACUUCUACUGCCUGGUCACUGAGGACAUCUGAUUCACACUCCUCUCGAAAAAUCAACACCUAUGUAGAGAUCGCUACUGGCAUUUUUUUACAUGUUAUUUCUGUAUCAUGUAGCCAAAUACAUUUCCUCUCUGUACAGUGUGUUAUUGAAAUCAGAAUGUGCUGUUUCCACAAACCACAGAUGCUUUUUAGUGUUUUUAAAUUUCAUACUGUGCAAAAUAUUUUGUGAGAAAUCGCCUUAAAUAUUUCAGGGAAUUAAGUAAUUUAGUGUGUGUACAUUGACUUUUAACUGAUUGCCACUUCACAUGCACGAGCUUUCUUAUAGCCUCCAGCAGAGGGCUGAGUGAGGACCGAUGUCAGAAGGAAUUUAGCUUGUUAAGAACUUUGUCUUCCUUUUAUAGUUAGCACUAAAGAGACGGUUGGCAAAGGCAUAAAAAAAAAAAGUACACAACAAAUCAGAUUUCAGUCCAGUCAACGUGUUUUCUUCUCAAAUCAAAUAAAGAAACGGGGUUCCCAUACAAUAUGGAUGUUCAGCUGGAAACUUUGCAUGUAUUAGAGAUCAACAACAUGAGGUCACCUUAUUAAAAAUCACAAGGUUGUCUGUGUGAGGGCUUACUGUAUGUUCCCUGUCCUCAUGGAGGUCCAGCACUGAGGUAAGAGCCUAAAUAAGGGUGCAGCAGGGAAGGUGUGGUAUUGUUCCUGUCUGAGCAGGAACAAAUAUGCAAACGGGGUGUGGCUGACAUUUUACAAUGUUAGUGUCAGUCUGUUCCAGAAGCAAAUGCUGCUGUGUGCCCACACACACGCGCACUAAAGAAACACAUACAAAAUGG